AUGCCAUGGUCAUUAGCAGUUGUUGAUGUGGAUAGCGAUAAUAAACCUGAUAUUGUUGUUGCCAACUAUGGUUCGAACAAUAUCGGUGUUCUUUUCAACACAGGCAAUGGUACAUUUAAUACUCAAACUACUUAUUCAGUCGGCACUGAAACAGCAUCAAUAGUGGUCGUUGAUGUUAAUAACGACAAUAAACCUGAUAUUAUUGUUGCAAACUCUGGUUCGAACAAUAUCGGUAUUCUUCUCAACGCAGGCAAUGGCAUUUUUAAUGCUCAAACUACUUACCCAGUUGGCGGAGAUCCAUGGUCAUUAGCAGUUGUCGACGUCAAUAGCGACAAUAAACCUGAUAUUAUUGUCUCAAACCAUGAUUCGAACAAUGUCGGCGUUCUUCUCAACGCAGGAAGUGGCACCUUUAAUGCUCAAACUACUUACUCUGUUAGCUCUAAGCCAAUAUCAGUAGCAGUCAGUGAUGUGAAUAACGACAGCAAGCCUGAUAUUGUAGUUGCUAACUAUGGUUCGAACAAUGUCGGUGUUCUUCUCAACGCAGGCAACGGCACCUUUAAUGCUCAAACUACUUACUCAGUCGGCACGAACCCAGCAUCGAUAGCAGUCGUCGAUGUAAAUGACGACAAUAAACCUGAUAUUACUGUUGCAAAUUUUGGUUCGAACAACAUCGGUGUUCUCCUCAAUGCAGGCAAUGGCAUCUUUAAUGCUCAAACUACUUACGUAGUUGGCGCUUACCCAAUAUCAGUAGCAGUCGGCGAUGUGAAUAACGACAAUAAACCUGAUAUUAUUGUUGCCAACUAUGGUUCGAACAAUAUCGGUGUUCUUUUCAACACAGGUAAUGGUACCUUUAAUGCCCAAACUAGUUACUCGGUUACCUCUGGUCCAGUAUCAGUAGCAGUCAUCGAUGUGAAUAGCGAUAAUAAUCCUGAUGUUAUCUUUGCAAACUCUAAUUCGAACAACGUCGGUGUUUUCUUGCAUUGUUAA